AUGGAAAAUCGCCUGCCGUCAUCCUCACUCACUGUCAUGUACGACAGUGUUAUUUACAACGAAGGCAGCAAGAAGUUCCAUGCUUGGGUAUCGUCUGCCAUCAAUCCCUAUGUCAUCAGCGAGCUCGAAGCUUUUGUCGCUCAACAGUUGAAUGACAGUGGUCCAGCAACAUUUGUGGAAAGGGUCGAAGGCUCCUAUAACAUGAUGUUUCGGUUCCGGGCCUUCAAUGGGAACGACGUGGCCCUUCGAAUUCCGAAGCCGGGACAUACGCCUUUGGUUCUCGCCUCGGAGAAAGUGGCGAACGAAGUCGCGUGGAUGAGAUAUCUCAAGGAAAACACGAGCAUUCCCAUUCCACAUUUGUACAGUGCCAGCUCACAGACGUCCAACAACCUCUCGCCCUUUGGACUGCCCUUCAUGUUAAUGGACUUCGUCGAAGGCCACAACCUUCGCGACUUCCUGACGAAGCUGUCGGCGCCUGGCAAGGACGCGGACGCGGACGCUAUGCGGUCGACCGUCUACGAGCAGCUGGCGAGCUUCUACCUCCAACUCAACCGCUUGCAUUUCAAAGAGAUUGGGUCUCUCGCCCAAGAUCCUGUCUCGGGUCAGUGGAAAGUCACGCAACGCCCGCUCACGAUGGACAUGCACCAGCUCCUAUUGGGCGUGCCCGAUUAUCCGACUGGCGGAUGGCCCAGCAAGCCACUCCGGCGCGCUGGAGAUUACUUUGAUUUUGUUGCCGACCAGCAACGUAUCCAGCUCUGGGAAUUGCGCAACCUAAACGUUCCUCAUGAUCGCACGUCGACUUGCGAUGCGGAACAGGCCGCCAAGAUUGCUCGACACAGAUUCAAAGCCCGUGUAGGCUUCGAACAGCUUGUUACCCUCUUCUGCAAACCCGGUGAUGACAGCGGUCCUUUCUUUCCUUUCAACCCGGACCUCGACCCGCGAAACAUGGUCAUCAACCCUGACAAUGGCCGGAUUACCGGCGUUCUCGAUCUCGAAUUUACCAAUGCUAUGCCGGCUCAGUUUGCAUGCGAUCCACCACUAUGGCUACAUAGAGUUCUUCCAGGGCAAUGUCUCGAAAGGGGUUUCUUCCCCUGGUUCUUGGACAGUUAUAGACCGUACCUGGACCAGUUUCUGGCUGCAAUGAGGCGUAUAGAGAAAGCGGGGAAGGCUUUGGAUGAAGAGGAGUUGCUGUCCACUCGGAUGCUCGAUUCUUGGACUAGCAAGCGGUGCUGGUUCAAUUACGCAGCCCACAAAGCUGAUCGCGUUGACGCAAUCUACUGGGAGGAGUUGUACAAACUCCAUCCAGGGGGUGAUAGACCGCAACUGGCUACUGAGAUGGAAUCUGAGAUGAUGAGGUACGUUGAGCACACCGAAAAGCAGAUUGCAGCAUUUGAAGAAGCCUGGGUCGAGGGGGAGACUGAAGCAUCCUGA